AUGUAUUCGGGCAUCAUGGAAACGUCAUACCGCAAAAUAUUCUAUGGUUCGCUGCCACCGAGUCCGGCAAGAUCGGUGGCACACUUAAGCUGUCUAACUUUGGGACGACUGGGUGGGCGGCCGAUGCGACGGAGACGUUAGUAGUCUCCCCCACUUAUCGUGCACCCGAGUCGGACCAAAGAGGCUUCCGAAUUAGCCGAGCAUACGACAUGUGGUCCCUGGGCUGUUUGUAUCUGGAGUUCGUGACCUGGCUGCUGGGAGGCUGGGAAAUGGUCCAGCAGUUUGCAAAGUUGAGAAUGUCUGUCGAUGCAACGUGGUAUGAAAUGCAAAUCGACACUUUCUUCGACCUCGUCAAGAGUGAUGAUGGGCACGAGAUGGGAGCUCGUGUCAAACCUGCGGUGACUAAGUUCAUCGAGCAGCUCCACGGGCACACUUUCUGCUCUGACUUUGUGCACGAUUUCCUGGACAUCAUACAGCAUCGCCUACUAGUGGUAUUGCCUCAGGAUACCGCCAGAAACGAUGCGCCAGGUACAGGGCGGGUGAGUUGCGAACAACUCGACCAUGAGCUACGAAGGAUAAGAAAUUUGUGCCAAGAGGACGUCGAGUAUGCCAGUAGACCUAGUCCGCGAGUGUAAUGUUCAUCUGCCAAGGAGAGGAAGUGAAGAAAGGAGAGUAUUGAUCGCAGAUUGACAAAUAGUUGCACCGCCAAAUCCAAAUACAUCCAGAUUAUGCGAAC